AUGGAGGUGUCUGCAGCCCUGGCGAAAAUGCAGGCCGAGCUCAUGUGUCCAGUGUGCCUGGACUACCUCGACGAUCCCGUCACCACCGACUGCGGACACAACUUCUGCGCCUCCUGCCUCCAUAUGUCAUGGAAGGACCUGCAAGACACGUUCCCGUGCCCCGUCUGCCGGCAGCCGCGCCCGGAGAAGCGCGCCAGUACCAACGCCCAGCUGGCACGGCUGGUGCACUUGGCCAAGCUCCUGCACAGCCCCAGGCGCGGCGAGAGGGCGCAGGGGGAGGAGCGCAGGUGCGAAGAGCAUCAGCAGGGGAUGAGCCUCUUCUGUGAGCACGACCGGGAGCUGCUGUGUGCCCUGUGCGCCCUGCGCCCUGCGCACCAGAACCACCGCGUGCGGCCCGUGGCCGAGGCCGCGGCGCAUCACCGACAGCGACUCCGCGGCUACCUGGAGCCCCUGAGGACGCGGCUGGCGGAGAUGCAGAAGCUCGCAGUGGCCCAGGACCACCAGCUGCUGCGGCUGCGGGAGGACGCGGGACGGCAGCGGCGCCAGGUGGCCGCGGAGCUGGCGCGGCACGGCGGGCUGGUGCAGCGGGCGCAGGAGGCGGCGCUGCGCGGGCUGGCGGGCGAGGAGGCGCGCCUGCAGCGGCGGCUCGACGCGCACCUCGGGGCCUGCGCCGACUACGUGUCCGCGCUGCAGGGGCUGCUCCGGGAGGCGGCCGAGCGCCGCGUGUUGUCGGCGGGGACGCUGCUGAGCGGCGCGGGGGACCUGCAGCAGCGCGCGGAGCGCCUGCAGCCCCCCGCCGCGCCGCCCCUUCGCUGCUGCGCGCCCCCCGACGCCAGCCUCCCCCCUCUCGGCACGACGCUCUGCAGCAUCACGCAGAGGUUCCGGGAGCGCAUCAGCCUGGACCCCCGCACGGCCCACCCAGGCCUGCUCGUGUCCGAGGACCUCAGGUCUGUGCGACGCGCCGGGAAGAGGACCCGGCGGAGCAGGAGCCCCCCGGGAGGGGACGGAGCCGCCCAGCUGGUGGUCCUGGGCCGGGAAAGCUUCUCCUCUGGCCGCCACUACUGGGAGGUGCAGGUGGGCCGCAAGCCCGCGUGGGCCGUGGGCGUGUGCACGGACGCCCCGUCCGGCAAGGGGCGGCGGCGCGCGGCAGGGUCCAGCAGGCGCUGGACCGUCCAGCUGCAGGACGGCGAGUACCUGGCAGGCGCCGUGCCUCUGGAGCUGCAAGACAAGCCCGCCGGCAUCGGCGUCUUCCUCGACUACGAGCUGGGCCAGCUCUCCUUCUACGACACGCGGGACAAGUCCCACAUCCACUCGUUCACCGAGACCUUCGCCCAUGCGCUGCGGCCCUACUUCUGCGUGGGCCUGGACUGCGCGCCCCUCACCCUGGGCGCGGGCACGGACUAG